AUGUUGCUUUUGUUCAGUUCUAUUCUAAUAUUAUCGAUUUCAUUGACGAAUGCGGCUACACUUGACGAAUCUUGUUCAAAUGAUGUACGAUGCGAAGGAGCCAGUUUGAUUUGUUCAGAAGGCAAAUGCCAGUGUCGAGUACCUUUGUACCGACCAUGCAAUUCAUCAUGUGUACUUAAUCCUCGGUCAGCAUAUGAAGGAGAAACAUGCGAGGAACGAAGUCAUUGUAUUAACAAUGCAGAAUGCUCUGAAAACAAACGAUGUCAAUGUCUGAAUGGAUUUUCAGCUAAAAAUGGGCUUUGUUAUAAAAAGUUGAAUGAAUCAUGUGCAAGUAAUACGGAAUGUCGGUCGAGAUAUUGUCUUAACCAUCAAUGUGCAUGUGGACAUGGUUAUGAGCUCAAUGAUGAUCGCACUGAAUGUCGACGAAAAUUAGUUAAAAUUUAUAGCACUUGGGCAGAUGCAAAUGCAAGCAAUGCAUUUUGUUCGGAUGACGCGUCAUGUAUAGAUUUGAUCGCCAAAUGUUUUAAUGAUACACAGCAUCCGACAGCGAAAUUUUGUAAAUGUCCAUAUGGAUAUGAAGUAAAGAAUAAUAAUGAAAAGUGUGAACCGAUUCAAAUCUCUGCAUUGUCUCCGUUAAACACUGUUCAAUCAAACUAUGCUGAAUGCGGCGUUUGCGAAGACAAAAACGCCGUAUGUAUUCGCGCUGCAACACAAACAACAUGCUGGUGUCAAGCAGGUUAUAAGAAGGAAAACAAUCGAUGUGUACCAUCAAACAAACCGCUACUUCUCUUUCCUAAUUCGUAUGACCUCAGCCAACAUGAUUUCACGACAAAUUUUACGGAUGAUCAAUAUGCAGUGCAUAGCAACUUAAUUGGUUGUGCACCUAAACAUCGAUUCAAUCCUGACGAUCGUUCAUGCGUUAAAAUUGAGCCUAAAUGGGAAAGUAGUGUACUUGAAUAUGGUUCUUGCACGCGCAUCAAUUCACGAUAUCGAGCUAAUCGCGAAGAUGGUCUAUGUCCGCAGCCACUAACAUGCCAAGACCGAGAAGAUAAAUAUGUUUGUUCAUGUGGAAAAGAUAAAUUUCUCGAUUCUAGCAAUUCAGAACAAUGUGUAUAUUUGAUCGGUAAAAAAACGAAUUCAGUUGAUGAUUUGUGCCCGCAACAUGCAUCACGAAAUAACAGCACUGGUACAUGUGAAUGCCAUAGCGGAUAUGCAGUGGUCGCGGACAAUCGCGGAUGUGAACUGAAGCUAUCUUCUGAAUCAUUUUCAACCAAUCCCAAUCGUCCGUAUGAUGAAGUAUGCACGCAAGUAUUUGGUAGAAAAGUAUAUUUAUAUACAGCUGGCGAAUGUCGUUGCUCUGGAGACGAAAGUUUUCCGAAUGCAGCUAGAACGAAUUGCUAUGCGCCACUUAAUCAUCGACUUACGGCACCCAUCGAAAACUGUCCAGAAAAUGCCAUUCUUGAUGGAGAUCAAUGUAGAUGUACAGAUGGCUAUUAUCCAAAAGAUGGUGUUCGUUGUGAAAAAGCAAAAUUACUUGAUUAUCAGGGAUCAGCGUCAACCUCAGUCAAUAGUCUGACAGAAACAGAUUGUAGAACUUGGUUCAAUGGACCAGUAAAACCGUACGAUAACGAACAUUGCGAAUGUCGAAAUGGAUCGUCUCUUAACGAUCAUGGCACGGGGUGCUGGUUUAAUCUCAACAUUACUCUGACUAAUCCAAGCGAUUCUCAGUAUUGUCCUCCGCAUAGUAACACUGGAGCAGGGCAAGAGUGCCUGUGCGAUAAUGGGUACAAACCGGAGGGAAAUCGAUGUGUGCAAAUCGCGACGCAAGUAUACUCUGAUGAUGACUCUAGUGCAGAGAGCACACCUGGCCUAAACGAAGCUGGUUGUCGUCAUUUCUUUGGUAGUGGUGCUACUCUAUCAACUAAAGGACAAUAUUGCAUCUGUAAACCUGAAGCAUAUGCAGUAUUGAGCAACACCUAUUGCCAUUUUCUGAUUGAUGAAAUGACUGAUGAUAUCAAGGGCGAUCGAACUUGUCCAGCCAAUGCGGAAACGUCUGAUUCCGCCUCGAGUCCUUGGGCCUGUAUCUGUAAACCGAAUUAUCACAAGUCGAGCGACAAUAGAACAUGCAUUGGCAUUCCUUUAAAAGGAACGAGCAUUCCAUCGGCCUCGACCAGUUGUCAGAGCUACACGAAUGAAAAUUGUGUUGAACAAUAUGGUGAAUUUGCAUUUUGUCAGAACGAGAAUUGUUAUUGCAAUCGCCAAUUCAGUUUCAUUAAUUCGGAUAAUAAAUGUGAACCUUUCUCCAAAAAUAUCUUCCCAGGUUUUCAUGAACUUGGCUCGUAUGCUUGUAACGCCAAUGCCGAUUGCAGCGAUAAACCAAAUGCCAUAUGCGACUAUACAAAUUCAUCUGACGAAUACAAAGUAUGCCAGUGUCGAGAAGGAUAUAUAUUAGACAUAGCUACACAAGCAUGUGUCAAACAUGAAUGUGUUCCUCAAUGUUCCUCAAUACUAAAUUUCGAAUGUCGUGGAUAUCAAUGUGUAUGCAGAGAAGGUUAUCAUCAAAGAGGUUCUGUGUGUGUUGAAAAUUCUCAUAAACUUGAGCUGCAUCAAUUCUGUAAUCGAACACUUCUUGGCAUGCUUAGUUCGAGUGUGUCAGACAAUGAUUCACUUCAAUGUGAUAAAGCGUGUAGUCGUGUUAGAUGUAAGGAUGGUUACCGAUCGGAACAAAAUCAAUGUGUUCGAUAUGAAUUAAACAAUGAUCGAUGUGUCGAUCGUGAAAGUAUUUGUGCAGGUAUUGACACAAAUUCCAUCUGUAGUUCAGAGGAGAAUAAAUGUUUAUGUAAACCAUCAUUUUACGACUUCGAAAACAAAUGUUAUCAAGCAGUCGGUUCGGAAUGCACAGAAGAUAAACAGUGUGGUCCUACGAUGAUAUGCAAAGGACAACGCUGUGCCUGCAAUGAUGAACAACGUGAAGAGGAAACUACGGAUAUAUAUGGUCGACCGAUACGACGUUGUGUCAAUGGAAUUGAUCGUCUGCGCUUCAGCCCAUUAAUCUUGCUAAUUGUCGUCUUUGGUCUAUUUUUCAAAUAA